CUUUCACCUGUAGGUCUCAAAACACAGGAUUUUGGCGCCUCCAGGAUUGUUCGAAUCCCUCGUCCCUCCUCCCUCUUCUCUCGCUGGGACGGCAAUGGCGGCGGCGGCGCAGAGGCACCAGAAGAUGGCGGAGGAUCAAGAUGAGGCCGAGGACAUCCAGCACGGACCUUUCCCCAUCGAGCACCUUCAGACAUCUGGGAUUGCUGCUAUAGAUGUUAAGAAGCUAAAAGAUGCUGGGCUCUGUACUGUGGAAUCUGUUGUAUAUUCACCGAGGAAGGAUCUUCUGCAAAUUAAAGGGAUCAGUGAAGCAAAAGUUGACAAGAUAAUUGAAGCAGCUUCAAAGUUGGUACCACUUGGCUUUACCAGCGCAAGCCAACUUCAUGCUCAGCGGCUUGAAAUAAUUCAGAUCACAUCUGGAGCAAGGGAACUUGAUAAGAUCUUGGAGGGAGGUAUUGAAACUGGAUCUAUUACUGAAAUAUAUGGUGAAUUCCGCUGUGGUAAAACUCAGUUGUGUCACACACUCUGUGUCACUUGUCAGCUCCCGUUGGAUCAAGGUGGCGGUGAAGGAAAGGCACUAUACAUUGACGCUGAGGGUACCUUUAGGCCACAAAGACUCCUCCAAAUUGCAGAGAGGUUUGGACUAAAUGGUGCUGAUGUUCUGGAAAAUGUUGCUUAUGCUAGAGCAUAUAAUACUGAUCAUCAGUCAAGAUUGUUGCUGGAAGCAGCUUCAAUGAUGGUUGAGGCAAGGUUUGCUCUUAUGAUAGUAGACAGUGCUACAGCUCUUUACAGAACAGAUUUUUCCGGAAGAGGUGAAUUGUCAGCGAGGCAAAUGCAUCUGGCAAAGUUUCUUAGGAGCCUUCAGAAGUUGGCUGACGAAUUUGGUGUAGCUGUGGUCAUUACGAAUCAAGUUGUUGCACAAGUGGAUGGAUCUGCAAUAUUUGCUGGGCCACAAAUCAAACCCAUUGGAGGAAACAUCAUGGCACAUGCUUCUACAACAAGGCUUGCCCUCCGCAAGGGAAGGGGAGAAGAGCGCAUUUGCAAAGUUAUUAGUUCCCCAUGUUUGGCUGAGGCUGAAGCAAGAUUUCAGAUAUCUCCUGAGGGUGUCACAGAUGUAAAAGAUUGACCAGUGCAACAACAGUUAUCUUGUCGUCCAUGCUCAGAUGAACCAUCAGAACCCUAUGUACAAUGCAUGUAUCUAUUCCUGUUCUUCUGCUUGAUCGGCCCACCAGCAGCAACUUCAUCCCCUAUAUGUUUUUUCCCUACGGCCACAGAUUCUUCAAGAUUGUAAAUGUGGGAAGCAUGCAGGUAUGGUACUCUAGGGUAUGAAUAUCUAUCACAUCGUCAAUUUUGAAUCUGAGCAUGGGCAUCUCAAUUCUCCUUUUUGCUAUCUCUGUUUUGAGAUAUGUUGUCUCAGUGCCCUUUUCUUGUUAUUAGUGGCUCCACUUGUUCGUGUUCUUCUACAAGUG